GUCGGGGGUCCGCCUGAGCUCUGCUGGUACCGACGGACUUCAGGCAUCGAAGUCGAUUCAGCCGAUUCCUGGUCUCCAACCCCGGAGCCUGGACUUCCCUCACGUCACCACUCAGCCCCGGCCCCGCCCCCCGGCGCUGGCUGUGGUUUCCUAGGGAACGACGCUGGGCGUCGGCCGUGAUUGGGCCGUGUCGCGCGUGCGCAGUGCGCUAUGGUGGUGGCGACCCCGCGGAGGGUCCCAAGGUUUGACUGCUGCGCAGGAUGGCCCAUUUCUCCAGCGAGGAUGAGGUGAUGCUGCAGGCGAUGCUCCGCCAGCUGUUCCAGAGCGUGAAGGAGAAAAUCACCGGCGCUCCCUCCUUGGAGUGCGCAGAAGAGAUCCUCUUGAGGCUGGAGGAAACUGACGAAAAUUUCCACAACUAUGAAUUUGUGAAAUACCUUAGGCAGCACAUAUGUAACACGUUGGGGUCUAUGAUUGAAGAAGAAAUGGAAAAAUCCACAUCUGAUCAGAAUCAGGAUGAGGAACCUGGUUAUGACACCAUUGUACAGCAUGUGACCAAAAGAACCCAGGAAUCCAAAGAGUAUAAGGAAAUGAUGUACUCCCUGAAGAACAUCAUGAUGGUGGUGGUAGAGUCCAUGAUCAACAAGUUUGAAGAAGAUGAGACACGAAGUCAGGACAGGCAGAGGAGAAUGCAGAACGAGAAGAGUAGCAGCUGCUGCACAGACAAUUGCUCUGAUAGUGACUCCUCCUUCAACCAGAGUUACAAAUUUUGUCAAGGAAAACUACAGCUGAUUUUGGAUCAGUUGGAUCCUGGACAACCUAAAGAGGUGAGAUAUGAAGCGUUACAAACACUCUGUUCAGCUCCUCCGUCCGAUGUCCUGAACUGUGAAAACUGGACCAUUCUGUGUGAAAAGCUGACCACGUCUCUGUCAGAUCCAGACCCUGUGUUCACGGACCGGAUAUUAAAGUUCUAUGCACAGACAUUUACACUCUCACCAUUACACAUGACCAAGGAAAUUUAUACAAGCUUAGCUAAAUACUUGGAGUUAUACUUUCUUUCUAGAGAAAAUCACAUUCUUACUCUUUCAACUGGAGUAGACAUAACCAGUUCUAAUGUGACCCGCUUACUGAAAAAGGUUCGUCUUCUGAAUGAGUAUCAGAAAGAAGUUCCAUCGUUUUGGAUUCGACACCCAGAGAAGUAUAUGGAGGAGAUUGUGGAGAGUACAUUGUCCUUGUUAUCAGUCAGACAUGAUCAAAGCCACCUUGUCUCACAGAAGAUUUUGGAUCCCAUCUAUUUUUUUGCAUUAGUUGAUACUAAAGCUGUGUGGUUCAAAAAAUGGAUGCAUGCAUAUUACAGCAGAACUGCAGUACUGAGACUUCUUGAAAAGAAAUAUAAAUCAUUGAUAACUACAGCAGUUCAGCAGUGUGUUCAGUACUUGGAAUUGUGUGAGGCUAUGAAAGCUGAUGACAUUUUAAGACAUUCAAAGCAUUGUGGAAACAAGCAAAAAAAUUUCUACUACUCAGGACAAGAAUUGCAAUAUAUUUAUUUCAUUCACUCACUGUGCCUUUUAGGAAGAUUGUUGAUCUAUAAACAAGGCAGAAAAUUAUUCCCCAUAAAGUUGAAGAAUAGAAAAGAUUCAAUGUCUCUCACAAAUCUGCUGGUUUUGUUUACUCAACUUAUCUAUUAUUCACCAAGUUGUCCAAAGAUGACAUCAGUUGCAUAUUCAGAGAAUUAUUCUCCUGCAAGUAUGGUGACCGAUGUCCUGCGGAUUCUCUGCGAUCAGAAAGAAUGCGCUGUUGAGUGCUUGUACAACAGCACUGUGACAGAGGCGCUUCUCCAGCCCAUUCAUAACUUGAUGAAAGGAACUGUGGCUGCUCCAGAGUGCUCUGAAACAGCUCUAAUUCACAUAGCUGAUAUUUUGGCGAGAAUAGCUUCUGUAGAGGAAGGACUUAUUUUAUUACUUUAUGGAGAAAAUAUGAACUCUUCGGAAGAAGGAAGUCCUACAGGUGCUCACAUAAUAGCCAAGUUUUCAAAGAAACUUCUUGAUGAAGAUAUUUCAAUUUUUUCUGGAUCGGAAAUGUUGCCUGUAGUUAAAGGAGCAUUUAUUUCUGUGUGUCGUCAAAUAUAUGGUACAUGUGAAGGCUUACAGGUGUUGCUUCCUUAUGCUUUACAUGAAUCUAUAGCGAGGGCAUGGAAGAAGACAAGUUUGCUGUCUGAAAGGAUCCCCACUCCAGUAGAAGGCUUGGAUUCGGGUUCCUCAGUGAGCCAGGAGUCCCGCAACAAUAUGGCUUGGGAAGACAAUUUGUUGGAUGAUUUACUCAAUUUUGCUGCCACCCCCAAAGGAUUGCUGCUUCUUCAGAGAACAGGUGCCAUCAAUGAAUGUGUGACGUUUAUGUUCAGCCAAUAUGCAAAAGAGCCACAGAUGAACAGGCAGAAGAAGUUUGGCUAUGAAGUUUUGGUUGUGCAGGUGGCCUCCACAGCAGCAGGGGCAGUAGCUCUACAGAAUUCAGGCUUCAUUAGUGCACUUAUAACUGAACUAUGGUACAAUCUUGAAUGUGGAAGAGAUGAUGUCAGAGUAACUCAUCCUAGAGCAACUCCAGUGGAUCCUAUCGACCGAAGCUGUCAAAAGUCCUUCCUUGCACUGGUGAACCUGCUGUCCUAUCCUGCUGUGUAUGAGCUGACAGGCAAUCAAGAACUUCCUAAUAAGGCAGAGUAUUCUCUUCGAGAGGUUCCAACAAGUAUUAUCGAUAUAAUCGAUAGGCUUAUCAUUUUGAACUCUGAAGCUAAGAUUCGUUCUUUACUGAAUUAUGAACAAUCACACAUCUUUGGUCUAAGGAUACUAAGUGUGAUUUGCUGUGACCUGGAUGCUCUUCUCUUACUGGAGGCUCAGUAUCAACUAUCCAACCUGUUACUACAUGCUCAGGAAGAAAACACCUUUGAGACCUCUGAGAACCACAGGGACUUUAUAAUUGAUGGAUUAUCAGUAGAGAGAAAUCAUGUUCUUGUAAGGAUUAAUCUCAUUGGCGGGCCCUUAGAGCGGAAUUUGCCACCAAGAAUGCUUGAGAAGGGGGAUGACCCAUAUCCUUGGCCAAUGUUUUCUUCAUAUCCAUUGCCACACUGCUAUCUGUCAGAAGGUCCACAGAGUGCUGAUAUAAAACAAGACAGUGAUAUCGGAAAGCUGUUAUCAUGCUUCAGAAUGUCUGAUAAACAAACUGAAUGGAUAGAAAACUGCCGAAAACAGUUUUGUAAAACAAUGAAGUCCAAGCCAGAUGCACUCAGUGGAGGCGCUUUAGGUGAACUACUUGAAAAAUUUGUACUUCUUCUCACUGAAAACCCAUCUGAAUGCUACUUCCCUUCGGUGGAAUACACAGCUACUGAUGCAAAUGUGAAGAAUGAAACUCUCUCAGCUGUUCAGCAGCUUGGCAUUAAAAUGACUGUCAGGUAUGGCAAGUUUCUCAACUUGUUGAAAGAUGGUGCAGAAAAUGAUCUCGCCUUGGUCUUAAAGCGCUGUGAGAAGUUUCUGAAACAACAGCGGUCAGCAGUCACUUCUUCUCUUCUGUGCCUGCAAGGGAGCUACGCAGGCCACGACUGGUUUGCAUCUUCUCUGUUCCUGAUGAUGCUGGGGGACAAAGAGAAGACAUUCCAGUUUCUUCAACACUUCUCCAGGCUUCUGACCUCUGCCUUCCUUUGGGUGCCAAGGCUGCAUAUUUCUAGGUACCUUCCUGUUGAUACGCUAGAAACUGGCAUCCAUCCCAUAUAUUUUUGCAGCACUCACUACAUUGAAAUGCUACUGAAGGCUGAGGUGCCACUUGUGUUUUCAGCUUUCCACAUGUCUGGUUUUGCUCCAUCACAGAUUUGCCUACAGUGGAUAACUCAGUGUUUUUGGAAUUACUUAGAUUGGAUAGAAAUAUGCCAUUAUCUCGCUACUUGUAUUAUACUUGGUCCUGAUUAUCAAGUGUAUGUCUGCAUAGCUGUUCUCAAGCACCUGCAGCGAGACAUUCUACACCACACCCAGACUCAAGAUCUGCAAGUCUUUCUCAAAGAAGAAGCACUGCGUGGGUUUCGAGUGAGCAACUAUUUUGAAUACAUGGAGACUUUGGAGCAAAACUACCGGCCAGUGCUGCUGAGAGACAUGCGCGGUAUUAGAGCACAGAGCACAUAGAUCAUGAGAGGCACACUCAGAUUUUGCUCUAUUCAUUUGUACAGGAGAUGAGGCAACUUGGUUGUGUUCUGUCUACAUCUGUUAUGUGUUCUCUAUGUUCCCGUGCACUGGGAAUCAAUACUGAGAGGUUUGGAACAGAAUAGAUUUGUGUUGCCAUUUCCUUGGUUUGCGAAAUGAAGUGAGUUCAUUUUGGCAAGUCCCUGGUUCUUUUAAAUUGUUAGGAUCAGUUUUAAAUUAUAGUUUUAAUUUUAUGUUUGACUUAUAAAAGGAUCAAAGACCUUAAUGUAAAACCUAAAAAACUGAAAUGACUAGUGGAAAACACUUGAAGAUAUGAGCAUGGGCAAGGCCUUCGGAGUAAGAUCCCAAUAGCUCAGGAAAUAAAACGAGCACAGGUAGAUUGUGCAACGUACUUGUAAAGUAAACAAAACAGAAGGUAGGGUAAAACCCCUAGCCAGCUACUCACCCAAUAAGAGGCUAAUAUUUAGAACAUAGGUUGAAGUAAAUUGAAAAUAAUAAUAACAAAAAAGACUGCAGUCAACAACUGGCCAGAGAAGUGAGCAUACACUUCAGAUGAUGACUACGUGAAGAAGGCACGCUGCCUGUGCCCAUUGGAAAUGCCCAUCGGAACUACUUAACCUCCGCAACAUAGGGGAGGAGGCUUAUAAGUUGGUAGCGGCAAUAUAAAUUCAUCUAGCCGCUACGGAAAUCAGUAUGGAGCUUCCUCAAAAAACUAAAACUUAGCCAUACAACUUACAUGAUAUCAAUAAAUAAAUGUAUAUCAGAGUACAAUGGAGAUCUCUGCACAUCUUUGUUUAUCGUGACACUAUUCACAAUAGCCAGGUUAUGGAAUCGGCCAAGCUAUCCAUAGUUGUGUGUACACAACAGAGUUUUACUCAGCCAUAAAGAAGAAGGAACUUAAGCAUUUGCGGAAAACUGGGAUGAGAGAUUAUGUUAGGCGAUAAAAGCUAGUCCCCUAAAGACAGGAGUAUCACUUUUUUUAUCUCGAAUGUGAAAACUGGGGGCCAAGGCCUGAAAAUAAAAGAAUGAGCAGCGUGAGAGGUCCAGAGAUUACAAGAAUGUGGUGGAGGUACACUGGCUUCUUAGGGGCCCAGACAUGGCUCAGUGCUUAAAGGCGCUUGCCUCCAAGGUUGACACCUUGAUUUCAACCCCUCACACCCAAGUGGUGGAAGAAGGGAACUGGCUGUGCUAUGACGUCCACACAAUCAUUCUAGAUGUGCCUGGAACUGUAAAGUAAAACGUUUUUUAAUAAAAUAAAACAGUAAUGUGAGACAUGUGUGUUGGUAAUGACAUAAUGAAACCUUUUUUACAGUUAAUACAAUUUUUUACCUAAAUUUCCCAACACCUACAUCAUUUCUACUGUGUGCCCCUAUUUUCUCCUAAUGAUCUUGGGAAGUAGAAGCAACAUUUUUGAAAGAAAGAAAGAAAAAUAAGGAAGGAAGUCUGGAAGAAAGGAGGAAGAGAAAAAGAGCAAAGAAUCUGAGUACCAGAAAGAGUCCAUAAAGAUGAAGCAAAAGCCAGUUUUCUUCAUUUUUAUGACUGUGCAUAUGGAGAAGCACAGUUGCUUAUUUCCCCUGAUGAGGAACGCAGAAUAUCUACCAGGACAUUGUCCAGAGACAUAAUUGUCUUUCUAGGAGGCACUUUUCAUUUUGAUAUCAAUUUCUAACUUUUCAUUUGUGGUAUCGAACUCACAUGGUUCAUUUAGAAGACAGAUUGGCUCCCUCAUGCUUUUAAGCAUUCUGCUCUUAUUUCUUGGUGAUAGAUUUGAUUUGCACCAAACUCAGAAACAUUAAGAAGAACAGAUUUCUAAAUUGAAAUGAGUCACACUAUGUUUUAUUUAAAUAGAAGUUCCGGUGCCCAUAAGAUUAACAUGGGAGAGGCUGUUUUUCUUGUAACUGUCCAUUUACUGUUUGAAAGCCAAUACUUAAAUGUGCUAUUAAUUUACUGAUUUUAGGUGUUAAAAAUUAUAUGGGUUAUUUUGUAUUCUUUUCAUAUAUAACCAUACAUUUUAAAUUAAUAUGACUUUUUCUCUUUUCUACAAAAUGGUCCAUGCCCAGAUUUAUUUUUGUCAGCAUGUGAGGCAACUGGCUCUAUACAGUUUUCAAUUUGGGGAUGUUUAGGCAUUUGAAAUAUGCUUCUUCCCAAAUCAGGUUUUGUACUGUCCAUGCCAACAAUAGCUUUCCAGUAAUGGUGUUGUUAAAGGGCAUUGUAAAUUGGAAGAAGGAAAUUGAGCAAGUUAAUUAGACACAUUGCACAUUUGGCUCCCACUGAGUGAGUGAAGAGAGUGGGAGAUGACCCCAGUGUGUGCUUUGUCUGCAGAGUGCCUCAGUGGAGCCAGAGUGUGGGCUGAAGGUUCCACUGCCCUGUGCUUCUGAGUUAUGCUCUUAGUGCUAAGAGGAUGGAGCCUCCUUUCAUGUGAAAGCUCUUACAUUGCAGACAGAAAUGAUUUGUAUCAUCAGUGAUGGAUGACUUUAAUUGGAAAUUCAUGAAAUAUCUAGAGUAUGACAGUUACACUUUAAAAAAUGUGACAUUAUCUGGUUUUGAUUUUCCUUUGGCAAAAUUAGACACAGAACUGAGCAUGGUGGUUCACAUUUGUAAUCCCAGCACUCAAAAAACAGAGGCAGUCCUUCAAUUCAAGUUAUAGACCAACUAAAACUACAUUGUGAAACCCUGUCUCAAAAAAAGAUCAGUAAGUAAAAUAAUAAAUUAGUAAGUAAAAUAAAAUAGUGAGAGUGGGCAAGAUGCUUCAACAGAUAAAUAUGCCCAUUGUCAAGCCUGAUAGCCAUGGUUUGAUGCCGAUGACCUACACAGCAGUAGAAGAGCACCAGCUCCUCUGAGCAUAUCUGUCCCCCACCAAAAACAAUUUAUUUCAUUAAAAAAUCAAGAAACCAAAAGCCAAUCAAAAAUUAAAAAUAACUAAGAAAUGUCUUAGGAAGAGUGACUUUAAUUGGUUUCAUGGAAGAGAACAUAAAAUAUAGUUUGUGUGGCUAUCCCUGUGAUUCAUGUUUCCACUUAUUUUAAGAAUAACACCCUUCAACAAUACUGCCCUGCCUCUGCUGUGAAAUUAAAGUGUGAGCUCCUGGGAAAGACUUUGCCUCCUAUUUAUGAAGAACCAAUUCAUAUAGUUUUCAAAAUUUAAUGAUAAAUAAAAGCUUAUGAUAUAA